AUGUUCAAGUCGAGUAAUAUUGAGACUCUGAACAUCCUCUCUGAUGAUCUCAGUGAUCGUCCCGAUGCAUCACGUGAUCUCGCUCAGUUCAUCUGUAAGAUGCCUCAUCUGAAGAACCUGACAUUUGAUGGUUCCUGUCACGAUGACUUCUACUCAACAUCAUCGGUGAUGGCAUCAUCAGCAAAGAUUGAGACUCUGAACAUCUACUCUGAUGAUCUCCGUGAACGUCCCAAUGCAUCACGUGACCUAGCUCAGUUCAUCUGUAAGAUGCCUCAUCUGAAGAACCUGACAUUUGAUGGUUCCUGUCACGAUGACUUCUACUCAACAUCAUCGGUGAUGGCAUCAUCAGCAAAGAUUGAGACUCUGAACAUCUACUCUGAUGAUCUCCGUGAACGUCCCAAUGCAUCACGUGACCUAGCUCAGUUCAUCUAUAAGAUGCCUCAUCUGAAGAACCUGACACUCCGCUGUUACUAUCAUGAUGACUUCUACUCAACAUCAUCGGUGAUGGCAUCAUCAGCAAAGAUUGAGACUCUGAACAUCUACUCUGAUGAUCUCCGUGAACGUCCCAAUGCAUCACGUGACCUAGCUCAGUUCAUCUGUAAGAUGCCUCAUCUGAAGAACCUGACACUCAAUGGGAAGUACGAGGUCUUUCUUCACGAUGACUUCUACUCAACAUCAUCGUCGAUGGCAUCAUCAGCAAAGAUUGAGACUCUGAACAUCUACUCUGAUGAUCUCCGUGAACGUCCCAAUGCAUCACGUGACCUAGCUCAGUUCAUCUGUAAGAUGCCUCAUCUGAAGAACCUGACACUCAAUGUGAAGUACGAGGUCUUUCUUCACGAUGACUUCUACUCAACAUCAUCGUCGAUGGCAUCAUCAGCAAAGAUUGAGACUCUGGACAUCUCCUCUGAAGAUCUCCGUGAACGUCCCAAUGCAUCACGUGACCUAGCUCAGUUCAUCUGUAAGAUGCCUCAUCUGAAGAACCUGACACUCCGCUGUCACUAUCAUGAUGACUUCUACUCAACAUCAUCGUCGAUGGCAUCAUCAGCAAAGAUUGAGACUCUUUACAUCCUUGCUUGGGAUCUCAGUGAACGUCCCUCUGCAUCACGUGAUCUCGCUCAGUUCAUCUGUAAGUUGACUCAUCUGAAGGACCUGACACUUGGCGGUCAGUACCACAAUGACUUCUACUCAACAUCUUCGUCGAUUGCAUCAUCUGCAAAGAGUGUUAACACGUGCCCCGCCCUGACUGAGCUGACAGUGGAUGAUGACACACUAGAAGGAUGGCAGGUUUGUGGUUCGAUGUUUGAUAAUGUGAGGAGUGUCACUAUACAGGUAUGUUACACGAUCGACUGUGACGUCAUCCAGAGGAUCCAUCUACCAGGAGCAACAGAACUCACCAUUCAAACACAAGAGUAUGCAUAUCGACCGGCUGUUUUCCACGAGGAGUCCACUUCACUACCCAAUGCUCUCCUGAAUAUCUCCCCUCAGCUUGUCAAGGUGACAUUCAGAGAUCUUGACAUUGGUAACAGUGAGAUGGAACUAAUCUUACAAGCUUUCAGAUCACCUCACAACCUCAAACAUCUGAAGACUAUCAGAUUCGUAAGAUGCGGGACAGAUUUGAGCAUGAAUGGUGUCACCACUGCGUGCAAUAAAGAUCAGGUCAUGGAGGUGGAGGUGGAGCAUGGCAAACCACGUGGUGAUAGGUUUUGAGUAAUCAAACAGAUGACACCGUACUCGAUCUGACGAAUCAGAGGGAUCAGACGAUCUUUGCUUGCCAAUGGGAACUCUGGGCUGAAGUAAAGAGUACAUAAAACACAUCAUUAUAGGCCUAUAUAAUCACUCAACGUUUAAAUUUGAAAUCUGAACGUUGGCUAUUACAAAUACAAUUGUCAUGCAAUCGAGUUACUCACCAAAUGAAUCACGUUGAUAUCCAUUCAAUAUUACAUGAUUGUUUAUUCUUUACAUCGGAUUUGAGGCUAUUUUUCUUUCAUUUAAGAAAUCAUGAUUUUGAAUUCUCUUUGAAAUGUUACUCUCACUACCUUUAAGUAGUUCUGGAUUCAGGAAGGAUUUACACUUUAUUUUUUUUUUGUUUAUUGUGAAAGGACGAACAUGUUGUAAAUAUUUGCCUGAACGUUUGGUGAGAAAACA